AUGAAUUAGAGGGAGAGAAGAAGAAUAUAUUCGUUAUAAAGUAGAGAUCCCAUAAAUAUACAAAAAUAUCGUAUGGAUGUGUCAAUGGACAAUUUGUAGAAGCGUAAAACUUUGAAUUCUGAGCUACCUUAAUUGACAUAGAAUAAAUUACAUAUGGCUAAAUAUACAGCAUCUAUGUAAUUAUAGUAGAAAACUAAAUAUGAAUAAUUAUCUUUGAAAAUAUUAAGGGAACCCUAUAGAGCAUUGAAUGGGAAAUAAAGAUUGAUAACAAAUCAUUUUACGUUACAAUAAAAAAUAUAAGACACAAUAGCAUUAGAGUAUGUACAAAACACAUUGUCAAAUACAGAAAAUACAAUAAUAAAAGGAUAAGUGACACUUCCUGUUUAGAAUGAAUAAUAAUAUACAAUACCAAUAUCAAGACAAGGAAGUCGAGUAAUAAAGUAUGAUCAUUAUGGAUUGGUAUUUGGAGGACAUUCUCAUAGAGAAAAUAUAGAAAUUCAUGCAAUUUCAUUACAUAAUGGUUAAUGGAAAAGGAAAUAAGAGUUUUUUUAAUCAUAAAUAGAGUAAUUGAAAUUAAGAUAGAUGUUAAAUCCAAAUUUAAGAUUGGGGUGUUAUUUUAGUUUGAAUAUAGAUGAAAAUAAAACAAUAUAUGCAUUUGGGGGAGAAAAAAAUACAAAUAAUAGAAAGACUACAAAUGUUAUAACAAAAAUAUGUUUGGAAGAAGAUAGAUUGGAAUGGUAAUAAUAUUAAACUAAUAUUGGAUGUCGUAGAAAUCAUAGCGGAAAUUAUAGUCAUAAUUAUAUUAUAGUAAUUGGAGGUUUAGAUGAUAGUGAAAUAAAUACAAAGUUUUAUAGUGAUUUUUAAUUGAUUAAUUUGUAGAAUAUGAUCUGUACCUAAUUUUAUCCAAAGUUUUAUUUAAAAUAAGUAAUUUAGAAUGAAAAUCCUUUUAAAUUAGGAUUAGCAUAUCAUAGUGCAACUUUAGUUGGGAAUCCACAUUUAAGAAUGAAUUAUGAUUUAACAACAAAUACGAAAAAAGAAGAAUAAAUAGAUCAAUUGUUUACAAAAGAAGGGAUUUAUAUAUUUGGAGGAAAAGAUGGUGAAGACAAUAUAAAUAAUAAUUUAUAUUAGUUAAUAAUUGAUACUUAUCCAUCUGUAUUAUUAUAUGUAGAUACUAUGGGAUUGAAACCUUCUGCUAGACGAUCUCAUAGUAUGAAUUAUGAUGAAAAGAUAAGUGCUUUAUUAUUAUUUGGAGGUACAAAUGAAGUAGAAUGCUUUGGAGAUUUACAUUUAUUAUUUUUAAGAAAUUAUACUUGGUAGAAAGUGUAAUUAUAAGGCUAUUUGGAAUAUCCAUUUAGAUAUGAACAUUGCAGUGUUUAUAAUGAUGAUAAGUUAAUUAUUUUUGGUGGUUUAAGUUAAAAUGGAUUUUUAAUGUAUAAUCCUAUUUAAAUAUAAAUUAAAUUUAAAACAAUUCGUAAACAUAAUUGA